GAACGCAGUUAGGAGCGUAGCGCGAUCGCGGAUCCCUCGGCUGUGUUCUUGGCGUCGUCUGGAUUCGCUCGUUGUGCAAGUUACGAUGGUCUCUUGUCCGCUAACUCCCGAGGUCCUCGAUCAGCUGCGCGCCAAGUUUUAUGCCGACGACCGCAAUGUGCUGGCGCAGAAUGUCUGUACGAAGACGAACCCCAUCGAGGCGUGCGCCUCGAGGAAGAUCCUGGAGGAGACCCACCACGUCUUCACCCAUAAGAUCGAGACCGAGGGCAAGCCCAUGACCAACCAGAAGAACUCGGGCAGGUGCUGGCUGUUCGCCAUCCUGAACGUCAUGAGAACCAGCUUCAUGAAGCAACACAAUCUAGACGAGUUCGAGUUCAGCCAAGCUUACCUGUUCUUCUGGGACAAGAUAGAACGUUGCAAUUACUUCUUGCACAACAUUGUGAACACCGCGAAGCGCGGCGAGGCGGUCGAGGGCCGUCUGGUCAACUUCCUGUUGACCGACCCGACCUGUGACGGCGGUCAGUGGGACAUGAUCGUGAACCUGAUCACCAGACACGGCGUCGUGCCGAAAACGAGUUUCCCGGAGUCGUACAGCUGCGAGUCCAGCGUUCGCAUGAACAGCCUGCUGAAGAGCAAGCUGAGGGAGUACGCCAAGGUCCUGCGGGAAAUGAUCAGCAACGGCGCGUCCGACGAUGAGCUGAAGACGCGAAUAAGCGAGCAGAUGACGGUGAUCUACCGGAUUAUCGGUAUCUGCCUGGGUGUACCUUCCGAGAAGAUUACAUGGGAGUACUACGACAAGUCGAAGAAUUACAAUUGCGUGGGCCCGAUCACGCCGCUCGAGUUUUACGAGAACUGCGUCAAGCCUUAUUACAAUGUGAGCGAUAAAGUAUGCCUGGUAACCGAUCCACGACCGGGCAACCCUUACGGGAAACUGUACACCGUGGAUUGCCUGGGGAACGUUGUGAGUGGAAAGACUACGCGCUACAACAAUCAGCCGGUGGAGCUGCUGAUGAAACUGUGCGCCGAGAGUAUUAAGGAUAACGAGCCCGUUUGGUUCGGUUGCGACGUUAACAAGAGAUUAAUAGACAAGCACGGUAUCCACGAUAUAAAGGCUUACAACUUCGAGCUGAUGUUCGGCACCGACAUUCACGUCGGGCUCUCCAAGGCCGACAGAUUGCUCUACGGGGAUUCCAUGAUGGUACACGCGAUGGCAUUUACAGCCGUUUCAAUCGACCGAGAGGGUAAGAUAAAGAAGUUCCGGAUAGAGAAUUCAUGGGGCGAGGAUCACGGGCAGAAGGGCUACCAGGUCGUGACAACCGAGUGGUUCGCUGAUUUCGUCUUCGAGGCGGUCGUAGAUAAGAAAUACGUGCCCGCGGACGUAAUGGCUGUAUUCAAUCAGGACCCCACCGUCCUACCUGCCUGGGACCCCAUGGGCACGCUCGCUCAUUGAUGUUAAAGUGAUUUAACUAAAUGCAAUGGCAAGCCGUUUUAUUUUACAGGCGAAGGAUUUCGAGCGUGACACGAGAAACCAAGUAUUUAAUAAAAAUUCCGGGAGCAGCGAUUGUACAAAGUAUACCAAUAUUUUAUACCUUAUACAAGAGAACGCAGCAGUAUUGAUAAGUGGCUUUGUUCAUUCAUAUGGAUUAGUCCGUUUCGUUUAUUACAGUAUACGAGGGCAACGUUUAAUCAUCAAGACUGAAUGUAUGAGUUACCAUAUUUGAAAUCACGAAAUAAGUAUCGUCGUGUGUAAAAGAAAAUACUCGCAGUUUCCGCUCGUGCAACGUGUCGGUGAAAACGAUGAGUGCGUCGCAUACCUUAUCUCAGUAGGCAAUAAACGUAUCGGUCUUGAACAUAAUCUACUAUUGCGAUAGUGGUUGCCAGAAGUUGUUUUUCCAAUACGUUCUUCUCAAUGCGUGCGACAAGCUAUAUCUCAUACAAACAAAAAUGAAUAGAUUGUGCAAACAAAUUCCCGUCGUAUCACACACCUGCGACUCGAGGAACUUUCGUAUGAUCAUUUGCGUUGCAGCAAUGUACGAUACAGCGUGUGUAGAGGCGCUCGUAUUUCUCUGCGUGUUAACUUUUAAAUUUGUGCACACUACAAAACGAAGCAAUAGAAGAGAUGGUAUAUACAUAUAGAUAGACAUGUAAAAUUUAAUAAAGACUUGCCGAUAUGAUUAAAAA